AUGGCAGGUCCCCGUGGGGGCGAAUGGCCUGGAGCCGUCAGCGCCAUGUUCACCGACCGGUUCACCGCCUUGCCGUUGAGACGCAGAGUUGUUGAUGCUCCCUUCAAACAUGGUGCACCAGAAGGGCUGGCCAGGAAUGGUUUUGGCAGGUAUUUCACCGAUCCGGAGGGUUUGACCGUCCACGAGGGGAAGAAGCUGGUGUCCAGGCAUGACGGCAAGGCCGAUGAUGUGGCCACUUUUGGGGUCAUCCGCAGUGGGAGCGCGCGAAAUCAUUAG